AUUUGAGGCACUUCAGGCAUGUUUUGAUGACCCCACUACCUAGGAUUAAAAUGGUGUCAUAUGAGGCAGCCUUGGUGAAUGUGUUUGUUGCUGCCUCACUUUUAUCUGAGCCGGCUUUUAGCUUAUAGGUGGACGGAGAGGCCAAAGUGUUUGAAGAAGAUGCAUAGGACUUGAGAAAAACCGGGGCUGUGCUUUGUUCUCCCGGGAUUCAUAUUCCUACCCAAGCUGUAGAUUACAUAAACCAAAAGAAGAAGAAGAAAAGAACACACUGACUCAAGUAAUUAUCCUGGCACAUAGAAGUAAUUGAAAAAGCCAUUCUCCUCUGCAGUUUGCACUGUAAGGUCCUUUAAAAAAAAAAGAAAGGAAAAUGUCCGAAUUCAGCCAAAACUCUGAUCAAGAAGAGAUCUAUUCUGAGGAGCUGGAUGAAGACGAAAUCUUAGCAAAUCUGUCCCCUGAAGAACUGAGGGAACUACAAAGUGAAAUGGAUGUCAUGGCUCCAGACCCUCAAGUGCCAGUUGGAAUGAUACAGCGUGACCAGACUGAGAAACCUCCGACAGGAAAUUUUGAUCACAGAUCUCUUGUUGACUACCUGUAUUGGCAGAAGGAAUCAAAGAACAUACAUGAGAAUGAAAGAGUCCCAGUCACUCUUUUACCUUCGGAGAGACUCACUGGAGAAAGGUCUGAAGAAAAUGUAACAGAUGUUGACAACAAGAAUGAAAUGGCCGAUGGCAGCACAGAAGUAGAGAGAAAUGAAAGCUAUGAAAAUGAACAGCCCACUGAACUGGGCACAGGGAAAAUAAAUGGAGAUGUGAGAGACUAUAAGGAGAAUAAAAAAGAAGAGGAAGAAGAAGAAGAAGAGGAGGAGGAGGAAGAAGAAGAGGAAGAGGAAGAGGAAGAAGAAAAUGAAGAAGAGGAAGAAGAGGUGGAGAAGGAAGAAGAGGUGGAGAAGGAAGAAGGAAAAAAGGAGGAAGAAAAUAAAGAGAAUAGAAAUGUUAAGGAAAAUCUGGAAACAAAGAAACCAUAUGAUGAAGAGGAUAGCAGAAGCACAGAAUCAAGGGAAACUGAACAAGAAGAAAACAGUGAAAAGAAACCAUCAAAGCUAAAUAUUCCCUCAAAACUAGCUCUAGAUACUAGUUUUAUGAAAUUAAGUGCAAGGCCUUCAGGAAAUCAAACUAAUUUAGAUGAGAGCCUGAGAAAAGUCCGAAAGAAUGAUCCAAGUAUAACAGAACUCAACUUGAACAACAUUGAGAAUAUCCCCAAGGAAAUGCUAGUAGACUUUGUCAAUGCCAUGAAAAAGAACAAGAAUAUCAAAACAUUCAGUUUAGCCAAUGUGGGGGCUGAUGACAAUGUUGCUUUUGCCCUGGCCAAUAUGCUGCGUGAAAACAGGAGCAUCACUACUUUGAACAUCGAAUCCAAUUUCUUCUCAGGCAAAGGCAUUGUGGCCAUUAUGAGGUGCUUGCAAUAUAAUGAGAAGCUGACUGAGCUACGUUUUCACAACCAGAGAAAUAUGUUGGGUCACCAAGCAGAAAUGGAAAUUGCCAGGCUAUUGAAAGCCAACCCAACGUUAUUGAAGAUUGGCUAUCAUUUUGAACUUCCGGGUCCCAGGAUGGUGGUUACCAAUCUUCUCAGCAGAAACCUUGAUAAGCAGAGACAGAAAAGAAUAGAUGAACAAAAGCAGCAGCGGUUGAAAGAGCAAAAGGAGCUAAUAGCCAUGCUAGAGAAUGGAUUUGGGUUGCCUCCUGGAAUGUGGGAGAUGUUAGGUGCACCAGUGCCUCCUUCGAUGGUGCCUCCACCCAUGCAGCCUCCAAAGUCACCAGUCCCAUCGGUUACGAGGAGAAAAGAACCUGUAAGAAAGCCAGCCCCUGAACAAGAAAGGAGUGAUGAUCCACCCUCUUUCAAAAUCGUGAAGCUCAAGAGAACCCAGCGCAAACCCACUAUAGAACAAUACGUCGAGCCGGCUGAAAAAACCAACCUCAAAGACGUGAUCAAGACUCUUAAACCUAUUCCGAGAAGGCGGCCACCUCCUCUGGUAGACGAAACCCCUCGGGAUAAGCUGCUGAGCGAUAUCCGUCAGAGCAAUGUAGCUUAUCUUAAACCGGUACCUGUUCCCAAAGAGCUGGAGUAAAGCACCCCAUUCAGUUGAAGGAAACAACUUGAAAAUAUACAGACUAUGCCAGUGUUGCUUCAGAUCAUUUCGGGGCCCUUUCCUUCAGGUGGAAGACAAAUAAGGUGUGGGAACAAUGUGUGAAGCAUGCUUCCUGUUGAGGUGAUGAGCAAAAGAGGUAGAAUGCAAGAAUACAUGGUGAAUGGUUUUCAUCCACUCUGAAAUCAUGGGCUGCCUCCCAGUCUAUACCAGUUCACUUAAUUUUAAUUGCUUCCAGGGGUGGAGAGGGGAGAGUGGUACUUUAUAUCAGUUACUAAGCAUGUUACCACUUUUAUAUCUUCCUUUAGUAAACAUUGUUGGAACUAUUACUUUCGGUCGCCAUGUUUGACAGAAACAUGUGGUAUCCUUUUGUGAGUGGGUGAUUAGUUGCUUUCUCUUUCUCUCUCUCUCUCACACACACACAUGCACAUACAUGAAACACUAGGAUUGUCAGCCUCCAAGAAUUGCCUGGAGAUCUCUUGGGAUUACAACUGAUCUCCAGUCAACAGAGAUGAAUUUACCUGGAAAAAAUGGCUGCUGAGAAGGUGGACACGACAUUAUACCUCGCUUUCUCCCAGCUUGGUGUAGUGGUUAAGAGCAGGUGGACUCUAAUCUGGGGAACCAGAUUAGCACUACACAGGAACAGAAACAAAUCUUUACUUAACAGAGGAGAUCAGUGUGCAUCUAUGCUUAUCUGGCUGCAGACAUGGUAAGAAAAAUCUAAACCUGUUUGACCCUUGAGGGGUCUUUCAAAAACAAACGCAAACUGCCGGACAGCCUUCUGAUGUGUCAAAAGCCCAGUACAUCAGAAAGACUAUUUUAAAAUGCAUCUGCCUUGCCCUGCAAAAAUCUGGUCUUGAGAGUUAGGGAAACUACGGCUCAUUCCGCACAUGCAGAAUAAUGCACUUUCAAACUGCUUUUAGUGCUCUUUAAAGCUGUGCGGAAUAGCAAAAUCCGCUUGCAAACAGUUGUGAAAGUGGUUUGAAAAUGCAUUAUUUUGCGUGUGUAGAAGGGGCCUACCUUGAACCUGAUCCGGAACUCGAUCGGCAGCCAAUGGACACUAUGUGCUCCCAAGAGGAGCCUGGCUGCCGCAUUCUGAACAAGUUUUAGUUUCCGGAUCAGGGCCAAAGGAAGGCCAGCAUACAGUGAGUUACAAUAAUCCAUUCUAGAGGUGACCGUUACACACUGCCCUUGUCAAAACCAUUAUUUGUGCAUUAUUAAACAUUUCUGAACUUUGUACAAGA